AUGACGGAAGAGAGUCCACCACGACGAUUGUCGCAGAUUUUCGACCCGUUGAUGAGUCUCAGUGAGCUGCAGGCCCAGAUCCAGCAGCAACAGCAUCAGCUGGCCCACCUAAAGUACGUCGGCGGCGGUGGUGGAUCCUCACAAACCAAUCACCCGCAGCAGUAUGGUGCGGGUCCAGCAAUCGUGCCGUCAUCCUCGACGCAGACCUUUUCCUCGUCGUCCACCUUGCAGCAUCCGAGCAACGGUGGUAUUGGUGGAGCGAACGGAGGCUGCUACAACUACAACACCACCGCGUCCUCGUCGACGUCGCUGUCAUCCGCUUCGAACCAGAGCACGAAGCUCAGCUCGAGCAGCAGCACCGGAAGCUACGUCGGUGGAACGCUCACUUCCGGUGGCAGCGGCAGCGGUGGAGGAGGCAGUGCCGGUGGGACCGGACCACUACCCGUUGCACCACCGCACGUGCUGGGCAGGAUCAUGAUGGGGUCGCGAUCGACACCGAACAGUCCACGGUUGAUGAGUCGACGGAAUGGCAGCAGCAGUUCCGGUUCCAAGCCACCGCCAAUUCCACAGAAACCGAACGCCGCCUACAUUGCCAACCCGUCGCUGGUGGCGCUCGACUGCGAUGCACCGUGGCCACCGUUCGAUCCGAUGGCAGGCGAUGGGCAUCACCACGGUCAUCAAGCUGGGGGAGGCUAUCUGCACCAUCAACCGGAGAUCAACUGGCAGGAGCGAUGUCUGGAGUUGCAGCUGGAGCUGCACCGUUCCCGGAACCAGGCAGGUCGCGUACGGGACAUGCUGCGGGAAAAGCUUUCCGAGUUGGAGCAGCGCGUCAUUGAAGCCGAAGAACGCGCCGAUGAAGCCGAAGACAAGGUGCGGGCCAUGGAGCAACGACUGUGUGACUGGCCCAAGUCACAGAACUUAACUGGGUCGUCACCGUCACCGAACAGCAGCAACCCGGCCGCGUCACUGCAGGCCGCUGCCGUCGGAGCGCCAGGAGGAGCAGGGGGUCUCGGAACCGCCGGCGAGUCCAACGGUACCGAUCCGGUGAAGAUCAGUCAGCUCGAGUCGGCCAUCGAGGAGCAGAAGCAGCUGCGCCUGCAGGACGCCCGGCAGGUUGGGGCGAAGGCGGCCAAAAUCAAGGAGUGGGUCACGAACAAGCUGCGCGAGCUCGAGGAACAGAACCAGCUGUUGCGCGAGCAGAACAUCAAGUGCAACCAGCAGCUGGAGCUGCUGCGGAACCACAUCGCGACCUCGCAGAGCACCCGCCACAGCAGCGCCGCCGCCCAGCCGGUCCGCACGAGCCUUAGCCUGGACGUGCAGGACGUGAAGCGGCGCAGCGGCCGACGGCGCAGCGAAUCGCUCGAUCCUCCCGAACACCGGUCACUCCAGACGAGCGGCUCCGCAUCCGGCUCGCACCAUCACCCGCACCAGCAUCACCACCAUCACCACCACCAUCACCAUCGACGCAACCUUUCGAUGGAACCGCAGGAACUGGCGCGAGACCUGGCGGCCGCCGUCGAUGGCCUGCACCUGGUACCGCUCAACCACCAGCAACCGCACCAGCAACAGCAGUCCCAGUCGGGGCUGGCCCAACCACAAUCCUCGAACCACCACCACCACCAGCAUCAUCCACCACACCACCAGCAUCCGGCACCACCGCCGCCCGGUGCCGCCGUUGGUGUUAGCCCGGGCUCGGACGUGGACGCGGUGCACGACUACGCCGAGAUCUAUACGCCGUCGCGCGAAAAGGCCCCGGUCUGGCUGAAGGGUCUGCCGAGCGGCGGCUCCAGUACGACCACCUCCGACUCGGUGGCCGACCUGGGAACGCCGCGGCCACCGACACCUCCGCUGCACCGGUUUCCGAGCUGGGAAGCGAAGAUCUACCAGGUCGCCAACGACGGUCUGGCCGGCGCCGGCAACGGAGCGGCGGGCGACGAGAACGAACCCCAGGACCAGGAGUCCGGCUCCGGCAUGACGUCCAGCGUGGGCGGGCCACCCAACUCGCGCUCCCAAACCGUGUCCGGGGGCUACUGUGAUAUCAGCGUACCGGUGUACGCGACCGUGAAGGGACGUGCGUCGCAAAUCCGAUCGAUGCCGUUCACGGGUGACUCCAGCGAUGAUAGCAGCGACGGCGAGGAGGGCCACGGGGCCGCACUGACCUGUGCCACCUCGACGCACAACUCGCACAACUCCACCAGCACGGACAACACGGAAACGAGCACGUCCGGCAGUGCCUCUAGUCCUUCGAAGAGCCUCAAAACCUCGUCUAGUCUCAGCCCGGCCAAGCGGUCCGGCUCCGAAAGUCCAAAGAACAAAGGGCGUGUAAUGUCGCAACUGUCGUUUGAAUCAGGCCUCUCGGACGACUACGCCAUCCCACCGGACGCGGUCUCGGCGGUCGACACGACCUGCAUGGACGCGUCGAUGCCAUCGCUGCUAAUGCGCACCUCGUACGCCGACUCGCCGAACAAGAAGAUGGAAACGCUCGAGAAGGUCGGCCACCUGGCGAAGCUGGGCGGUAAGCUGAAGACGUGGCGCAAGCGGUGGUUUGUGCUGAAGAACGGAUCGCUGACCUACUGGAAGAGCCAGCACGAUGUCGCCCGGAAACCGCAGGGUCAGAUCGCGCUCGACGAGGCGUGCCGCAUCAACCGGGCCGACGGGGCGUCCACGUUCGAGAUCGACACGGGCAAGAAGGUGUACUAUCUGACGGCCGACUCGAACGCCACGAUGGACGACUGGAUCCGGGUUCUGCAGAACGUGCAGCGGAGGAACGCCACGAAGCUGCUGCUCAGCCGGGACGACCAGAAACCGACGGUGCAGGGUUGGGUGACCAAGGUGAAGAACGGACACGCGAAGAAGUGCUGGUGUGUGCUGUUGGGCAAAAUGUUCCUCUACUUCAAAGCACCGGGCGAAACGAACCCUCUCGGGCAGAUCAACAUGCGGGACGCGCGAGUGGAAGAGGUAGAGCACGUGUCGGACUCCGACUCGGAAGAACGGGAAGAUCCCGCCCAAAGCCAAGCCCGCCUCACGGUGGCGAUCUACCCUCAGCACCAGGGAUUGGGUCCAACGUAUCUGAUACUGCCGGGAAAACAGGAACGGGACAACUGGUUGUACCACCUGACGGUGGUUUCUGGCGGAGGGCCCAACGCUGGCACGCAGUACGAACAGUUGAUUCAGAAGCUGAUGGAAACCGACGGCGAUCCCAAUUGCGUUCUGUGGCGACAUCCGAUCCUGCUCCACACCAAGGACAACAUUACCUCGCCUCUCACUUCCCUACAUUCCGAAACACUGCAGGCGGAAGCAAUCAAACUGUUCAAGAGCUGCCAGUUGUUUCUGUCGGUGGCCGUCAACCAGCCGGGCAUCGAUUAUCAUGUGGUGCUGGCCCAGAACGCCCUCCAGCAGUGUCUGGACAUGGCCGAGCUUCAGUCGGAACUGAUCUGUGCGCUAAUCAAGCAAACGUCCCGCCAUACCGGCCAGAAGCUGGGUGUAGGUGUCCAGGUAAACAAGAAACUGGCCAAACCCGCUCGUCAACUACUGCUUUGCGCAACCCAGAGUUUGUUCACUUGCGAUACGCAGCAGGGCAGCGUUGCCCAAGCGAAUGGGAGCUCACCCACUUCCAUUCAGGCUCCAAUCGUACCCCCGAUCGACUGCAAAUCAAAUCCACCAACCUACACCUUCAUCCAGGGAUGGCAGUUGCUUGCACUGGCCGUGUCACUGUUUGUGCCGAAAAAUAGUCGUCUCCUUUGGUACUUGAAGCUACACCUUUCGCGCAACGCAGACUCCAAAACCGAGUGCGGUAAGUACGCGGCGUACUGCGAGCGGGCCCUCGAGCGCACAAUGCAAAACGGUGGCCGCGAAACGAAGCCGUCGCGCAUGGAGGUGCUCUCGAUACUGCUUAAGAACCCGUACCACCACUCACUGCCGCACGCCAUACCGGUGCACAUGAUGAACGCCACCUAUCAGGUGGUAUCGUUCGAUGGUUCCACCACGAUCGAGGAGUUCCACUGUACGCUGGCGCAAGAGAUCGGUUGCCGCGAUUCGGCUAACGGUUUCACGCUCUUCAGUGACGAUCCGAUCGAGAAGGAGCUCGAGCACUACCUGGACCCGCAGGCUAAGCUCUGCGAUGUCAUCUCGAAGUGGGAAACGGCACUGCGUGAGAAGGGCUCGGGAAAGUUCGAAAACUCGCGCGUUAUACAGCUGACGUACAAAAAUCGCCUGUACUGGAAGCAUGCCGCGAAGCUGGAGACGGAAAAGGAGCGGUUGCUGUUCUGCUAUCAAAUCAACCUGCAGGUGGUGCAAGGACGCUUUCCUCUGUCGCGCGAUCUAGCGCUGGAACUGGCCUCUCUAAUGGCGCAGAUCGAUAUGGGAGACUUUUCAUUGGACAAAUCGAAAACCACUUCCCUGCAGGCGCUGGACAAAUUCUAUCCCUACCGCUACCGCGAUGCGCUCAACCAGGAAGGUCUGAAGGAGCUGCAGGAUCUCCUGUCGGUCAAAUGGACCCUGCUCCGGAGUCGCUCGGUGCUAGACUGUGUGCGAAUUUAUCUGACGUGCGCCCGCAAAUGGCCGUUCUUCGGGGCGGCACUCUUCCAAGCGAAACCACGUCACUCGGAUCAGGCGAUGGCCUGGUUGGCCGUUUCGGAGGACGCCCUCAGUGUGCUGGAGCUGUCGUCGAUGGCGACGAUCGCCCGUUACCCGUACAGCACGGUGAUGACGUUCGGUGGGUGUCAGGACGAUUUCAUGCUGGUCGUCAGUGCCGAAGACACCCUGCAGUCGGUCAGCAACGAGCAGAAGCUUCUGUUCGCGAUGAGCAAACCGAAAAUCCUCGAAAUUACACUCCUCAUAGCGGACUACAUGAAUGCCCUCGGGCACACCCUGCCCGGGACGCCCCAGAUGAACACGCUGACCCGCAAUGGCAGCCAUCGAAGCAUCCGGUCCCGCGCCAUGCCCGGCUCGCUGACGGGGACGCCCGCCCACAACACGCUAAACUCCCACGCCACCCACGCCAACAACACGCUCACCUCACACUCGCACACCCUCAAUUCGCACGUCAGCCACACGCUCAGCUCGCACGGCCAGCCCGACAUUCUGAAAAGCACUCCGGACCAUCAGCGGUUAAAGUGA